GCAGUUGGGAUGACGCAGAUAACUCCGGUGUGUGUGUGUGAUCAGCUGCUGUCUGUGGAGGGCAGCAGCAUCAACCAGCAGCCGCUCCGAAUGAUGAUGGAGACGGAAACACGGAUGGAGCUGCAGUAGAGAUCCCGGGAGAAUGCUGCGGCUGUUACGAGACAAACCGAGCCGUGUUUAGCCCGUGUCAGCUGCACCUGCCGUGGAUGAUUUACCCGAUGGGUUGUGGAGGGAGUCGGGCUGACGCGAUCAUCGAGCCGAGGUACCAUGAGAGCUGGACCAGAGAAACAGAAUCGACGUGGCUUACCAAUACGGACGUAGAGACCUCUCUACCAGUGGCAAACAGUAAAGCUCUGGAGGCCGGUCUGAGGGAGAAGAGGAUGGUGAACACAGGCACCCAGUGUGGGAAGCAGGCCCUCACAUCCACUGGCUCCAACCACCAGAGGAGACCCAGACGCUCCUUGAGUGAUGUAGGUGUCACUGGUAGCAGCAAACCACUCGUGACUCCAAAAGGAGGGCAUCAAAGGAAGCCGGUGCGUUGUCUAAGGAUGGGCAGCUCGUCAACAUCAACAGUAGUGGAGACGUUGAAUCCGGGAACGUCUGUGAUGAAAGAUGAAGAAAAUCCAAGACUCUGUGAAGAAGAAGAAGAAGAAGAAGAGAGUCGGAGCUGUGUCAAAGUUCACCAGAAGAUGGGAUGGCGAAUUAAAGAAGUGUGUGGGGGAUGUUUGCCAGGGACUUUGGUCGAUCUCAGUGAUUUACAACAUAAGCACCUGCAUGAUGUCACCAUCCAAAGAUCUCGGGAUGCUGCAUCUUUAUUGUGCCAUUGCAAAUGCAUGUGUGAAGUGAAGCAGAGAGCAGAUCACAAACAGUGCUCACGCUCUCCGCCGUGCUUUUCUCCCAUGCUUAUGGUGCCGGACGGGGACUGAGCCACUGUGCUAAGCCAAUUUUAAACAAAAAUACCUUCCCAUAUGCACAUGAUAAUCACAGUCUGCACAUCAAAUGUUUUCUGUGUGGGGCCUUCCUUAAGAAUUUGCUUCAGUUCUUUGUGCAAUGAUGAUGCUGUUUAACCUCAGUCAAUGCUGUAAAUGAUUUUCAUUUAAAAGACCCUGAAGUGCUGUUUAGAAACUGAGAUCUGGUUUGACACUUGAAGGCUGAACACUGUCUUUUCCAGCCUUUUGCAAGAUAAAACAAACAAAAAAACACCCGCAUGUGCCUACAACUCAUCUUGAUCUGAACUGCUCCUGUUUUUGUUUUGAGAGUUUGUUUUGUUCAGUAAUGUGUGUUCUCUCACAUUUUUAUUUUAUGUUAUACAAUGUUACACUUCAUUAGUUACCAUGUACAUGAGUAUUGUAAUGAUGAGUCAUUUGUGUGGCUUGCACUGAUCUGCAUGUUUAAUUGACUCAGCAUUGAUGGCAAAAUGUCUCUACUCAAACAUUAUCAAAAGCAAGCUGUCUGAAAUAAAACUUGUUGCUUAUUUGGUAGACUUCUUAUUUUAACGGUCUAUGACUAUAACUAAGAAGUUCAUUCAGGAGGUGAGGUGAUACUGGAUGUGUCGUUAGGAACAUGUUAUGGACAGGAGGUGGCGCUGUUGACCAGCUGAGGUCUCU